AUGGAUUCCGAAAAUAGUUUUUCACGAAUGGCUCCUCCUAUUUUUGAUGGUGAGAAUUAUCAACUAUGGGCUGUAAGAAUGGAGACCUACUUGGAGGCUCUUGAUCUUUGGAAAGCCGUGGAAGAGAAUUAUGAAAUUAAUCCGCUGCCAAAUAAUUCCACCGUGGCCCAGAUCAAGAGUCACAAGGAAAAGAAAAUCAUUAAGUCGAAGGCAAAAACAACUUUGUUUGCUGCUAUUUCGAUAACUGUUUUCACGAAAAUUAUGACUCUCACAUCACCAAAACAUAUUUGGAAUUAUCUGAAGAAAGAAUAUGUUGGGGAUGAAAGAAUACGAGGAAUGAAGGUAUUAAAUUUAAUGAGGGAAUUCGAAUUGCAGAGAAUGAAAGAGUCAGAAACAGUUAAGGAAUAUUCUGACAGAUUGCUUGGUAUUGUCAACAAGGCUCAGGAACAAAGGAGACUUAUGAGUCAAGAUGACAUGGUUGAAGGAGCAUUAGUAGCCAGCCACAAAACUCAAAGCAAGGUGCAAGAACUGAAACAACUUGCUCAAAAAGCUGUGAUUUGCAAAAACAAAUUUCAAAAAGAUGAAACAAUUGCCCAAGUCACUACUGAAGAAGAAGAAGACCACUUAUUUGUGGCAACUUGUUUUUCAACCAAAAAAUUUGACUUUUGGAUGAUUGAUAGUGAUUGUACAAACCACAUGACAUAUGAAAGAAAUCCUUUUAAAGAGUUCAUUCCUAUGGAAAAUAAGAAAGUCAGAAUUGGAAAUGGUGAUUGUAAUCCUGCAAAAGGAAAAUGGUCUGUUUCAAUUAAAACAAAUUUAGGUACAAAAAUAAUUUCAGAUGUUCUUUGUGUGCCUGAUAUUGAUAAAAGUUUGUUUAGUGUUGGUCAGUUAAUAGAAAAAGGAUUUAAAUUAUUAUUUGGAGACAAAUAUUGUUGA